AUGGAAGCAACGCGAUUCUCUCUCUAUCACCUCCAUCCGCACAACUUCCGACCCAAACCCACCGCACUUCUCUCAGGAAGAAGACUCGUACAAACUAGGGUUUCACUUUUCACAAGAAAUUCACAUUCGAUUAACCGGAGUAUUUCCGUUAACUUCUCCGACCGACUCCGAAGUGAUUAUAUCCGUUCCGAGACGCCGCUUUUGAGUGAAGGUGUUCCGGAGACUCGCGGUGAUGAUGUUGAAGCAAUUGUUGGUUCUACUGGCGGUGAUAAAUCGUUGAUAGCCUUAGAGUUGAAACCUAGAGCGUUUAAAAACAGGUUUCUGAAUUUUGUGCGUUUUGGUUCUGUUAUUAAUGGUGCUGCUGAAGCGUUUUUUAAGAGCGAGAUUCGGAGGAGGUUGUUUGUUACUGCUGUGUUGAUUGUGAUUAGUCGUGUUGGUUAUUUUAUUCCUCUUCCCGGAUUUGAUAGAAGGUUGAUACCAAAGGAUUAUAUGAGCUUUGUCUCUGGUUCAUCUGUUGAUGAACUUGGUGACUUUUCCUCUGAGCUCAAGCUAUCUCUUUUCCAACUUGGAAUCAGUCCUCAAAUAAUAGCAUCCAUUAUUAUGCAGGUAUUCUGUCAUGUUGUUCCUUCUCUAGUAAAGUUGCGGAAAGAAGGUUUGGAUGGGAAUGAGAAGAUUAAGAGUUAUAUUUGGUGGCUGUCGCUGGGCUUUGCAAUUAUAGAAGCUCUAAUAGUUUCUUGCUACUCACUUCCAUACUCAAUUUACGCUGCUAGUUAUAGGUUUAAACAUGUAAUGCUGACGACUUUUUUUUUGGUUUGUGGUGCAAUGACUAUUACAUGGAUAUGUGAUACCAUAUCAGAAUCUGGAUUUGGUCAAGGUUCAUCUCUUAUCGUAUGUGUUGGAAUACUGAUUGGGUAUAUGGAGACGUUACACAAAAUGCUUACUCAGCUUUCAGCGAGUGCUGUUGGUUGGUGGCCAUAUGUGCUUGCAGUAUUGGGACUCUUCACCAUAGUCACUAUGUGGGCAGUUGUAGUUACUGAAGGUUGCAGGAAAGUAAAGCUUCAGUACUAUGGUUUUAAACUUGCUUCUGCUGCAAGGGAGCAAUCGCCUAUAACUGAAGUGGAGCCCUAUAUUCCUUUCAAUAUUAAUCCAGCAGGGAUGCAACCUGUUCUUACCACCUCUUACCUCUUGGCCUUUCCAAGCAUUGUCGCUAGUUUGCUCCGGUCACCUUUUUGGGAGCGGGUGAAGGAAAUGUUGAAUCCCGACUCUUCUGUUGGCGCUGAACCGUGGGUCUACUAUUCUAUAUAUGCCUUCUUUGUCUUCCUUUUCAAUAUAUUUGACAUUGCUAACUUGCCAAAGGAAAUUGCCGAUUACUUGAAUAAGAUGGGUGCAAGGAUACCUAAUGUUAAGCCUGGGAAGGCUACGAUAGAAUACCUCUCUAAGGUUCAGGCAUCCACACGAUUUUGGGGGGGCCUACUGUUAAGUGUUUUGGCCACUACUUCAAGUGUUCUUGAUCACUAUUUACGGCGUACAAAUGCUGGAUUUGCUAUUGGUUUUACAUCAAUUCUAAUUAUUGUUGGUUCCAUUAUUGAACUUAGAAGAUCAUAUCAAGCAUAUAAUGUGAUGCCAGGAUUAAGCAGUGCUUUGAAACGUUAUGGUGUAUAA